AUGUCCGAAAGCGUCGCUGCGGUCGCCCUGACCCCAGUCUCCCUUUCUUCCCCAGAAAACUCGGCUCCUGGCUCUCCCAACCACCCUGGAUUAUCGUCUUCUCCAGAUAUCAAUGGUAACACUUCGUCCAGUGCGGGCUCCAGAGACGCUGCUUCUUCCAGCCCUCCUCCUUUGCUGCACGAGUUUACUGAGAAUAACAACAUCCAAGAACCUGAACAGCCUGCUCCACAAACAUCUUCCGCUGCUGCUCCUGCCGUGCCUUCGUCCAUUUUGGGCUCUUCUUCUUCCGAGAGAGACGCUGUUUCCGAAAGACCCGCCUCUUCUGCCACUAAUACUGUACAAUCAGGUGCCGCCAGCAACACAUCAGCAGCCCCGGCAUCCCAACCACCACAGACUUCCCAAUCCGUGCAACCCACGCUGUCUGCUCAACGCACUCCUCCUACUAGGCCCCAGACUUCUGGCUUGGCAAGACGUCCUUCCUUUGGCUUGAGUUUCCUCAGCUCCUUGUCAAACACCAUCAGAGGCUCGCAUUCCCUGCAAAGCCUGUCUCAACAGAGCCACCAGGAGACCUCCUUCAACACCGGUACCGCUGCCGCUCCUGCUGCUGCUGCUGGAUCCCUGCAUUCCCAUAACCAAACUGACUCGCAUUCCCACUCGCAUUUGCAUUCGCAUAAUCACACUCACGCUCCAACACAAAACCACUACUUCAUGUCUAAUAGUCCUACUAUUGCCAAUCUUAACGGUUUCACUGACGCCUCUGCUGAUUUAAAUAUGACCGCAGGCUCUUCAAACUCCCUGAGCGAAAACCAAGGUGCUUCUGCUCAACCGCCCUUUUUGGCUAGACAAGACACCAUCGUCAGAAGUCAGCCUAUCAUCUCGGAGGAGACCGCCGAGUCUCAGGCUGAAGCUUUAGAGAAGGAAGAUACAACUGGAAAAGACAAGGAUGGUUUUUACUCAGUCCGCUUGACUCCGAUCAUCGACCACCUGACAUCCAAUACGGGUCUCUACUUUUCUCCCAUGAUCCGUCGCAUCAAACCCAAGGACCUGAUUUCGAUUGGCAGAUACACCGAGAAGAACAAGAGCGCUGCUCAUGCUCCUCAAGGCUCAUCGGCGCCUAUCGUCUUCAAAUCCAAGGUCGUUUCCCGUACUCAUGCCAUGUUUCAGUGUAAUGAAGACGGUUCCUGGUUUCUCAAAGACUGUAAGUCAUCAUCAGGAACCUUUCUUAACAAUGUGCGCUUAUCGCAAGCGUCACAAGAGCUGACUCUUUGGCCUCUCAUUGAUGGCGAUAUCGUCCAGUUGGGUUUGGACUAUAGAGGUGGAACUGAGGAGGUUUACAGAUGCGUGAAAAUGCGUUGUGAGUUCAACAGAAGUUGGCAGCGGAAGGUCAACCAGUUCAAUUUGGACAUCCAUAAGAAGAUGAAGAAGUUGGGCCUUGAUUCAGACAAACAAGAAGGCAGCUCCGAGUUCUCUGAGUGUGCUAUUUGUCUUUUGAAGCUCGAACCUUGCCAGGCAUUAUUUAUUAGCCCGUGCUCCCACUCAUGGCAUUAUAAGUGCAUACGACCUAUCAUCAUCAAGAGUUAUCCUCAAUUUUACUGUCCUAAUUGUCGGUCCAUGUGCGACCUCGAAACGGAUAUUGAGGACGAAUAA